UCUCCCAACAAGGAUAUGGCUUCAAAUGAAAGAGAGAUUGUGGUUUGGGUUUGCCAGGAAGAGAAGAUUGUAUGUGGCCUGACAAAGCGCACAACUUGCGCAGAAGUGAUUCAAGCACUGCUUGAGGAACAUCAGGCAACAUGUGGAGAGAAAAAGGUCCUUUUUGGAAAAGCUAGUGAUUACUGCAUUGUAGAAAAAUGGAGAGGCUCGGAAAGAGUACUUCCUCCUUUGACAAAGAUUCUGAGACUUUGGAAGGCCUGGGGAGAAGAGCAGUCUAAUUUGCACUUUAUGUUGGUAAAGUCAGAUGCUUUCCUCUCAUUUCCAUUGUGGAAGACAGCUGAAGCUAAGGUAGUACAAAAUGUAGAAAAACAGUGGGAGCUCAGUCCUGCAAAUUACAUGAAGAUGUUGCCGAUAGACAAACAAAAGAAAAUUGUCAGGAAGACUUUCAGGAAACUGGCCAAGCUUAAACAGGACAGUGUUCCGCAGGAGAGAGAUAAUAUGGAGACACUGAUUCAUCUGAUCAUUUCUCAAGAUCAUACCAUUCAUCAACAAGUCCUGAGAAUGAAGGAACUAGAUAUGGAAAUUGAAAAAUGUGAAGCAAAGUUCCAUCUAGAUCGUGUUGCCAAUGAUGGAGAAAAUUAUGUGCAGGACUCCUAUUUAAUGAUCAGUCCAAGGGAGGCUGAGCAACAAGGGAGUAGGCCAGAUGAUCAAAAAGAGGUGCAUGACUAUUUGAGCAAAAGUGACGGAAUUUUACAGGUUGAAGAGAGACUGAAACAUCACAAACAAUUAAUAGAGAAGCUAUGUGCUGAAAUUGAAAGAGAGGUACAUGGCAUAUGCACAGAAAAAAAUGUAGAUGAUAUUCACACAGAAGGAGCUGCUAAUGCUGAACUGGAAAACUCAAAUUUGGAAAGUGUAAAAUGUGAGCUGGAGAAAAGUAUGAAAGAUGGUCUGAGAAUCAACUCAUAUCUGAGCUGCAUUCAGAAAGAACUUACAUACAGGGACUCACUGCUUCAAAAGAAGGAAAAAGAAUAUGAACUUCUUACAGAAGAAUUUAAUUUACUACAUAUUAAAGACAACAUUGAAACUAGGCCUCCAUCAAAUGAAGAGCCAUCCAAGGGUAGUGGCAUGUCCACUAACACCACUGCUGUUCCUGACUUUGUUCAUAGAGUGACUAAUCUGGACAUAAACGAUACCGACUCUGACACUGGAAUCAGCUCUACACACAGUCAGGACUCUGAAAUAACUUCAGGGGACACAGUACUGUUGUCAACAUAG